UCAAUGUCAAUAUAAACGCGAAGCUCGCGGUGUUUUCUGGUGCGCGAUUUAUUGAGCGGAAUAUUUGCAAUAACAAAAUAUUCCACUGUGUGUUAUUAAUUGUGUAAAUUCGAGGCAUUUAGCCUAAACCGGUGCAAGAUGAUGGACGCUAAGUCAUUCCUUUACUCUUGGUGUGCGAAGAAGGGAUUUACGCCGGUUUACGAUAUCCGGGCCACUGGCCCAAAACAUCGUCAACGCUUCCUAUGUGAAGUUCGUGUGGGUACUAUCACGUAUGUCGGGGCGGGAAACUCGACAACGAAGAAAGAUGCCCAAAUGAACGCAUCGAAAGACUUCGUUAGUUACCUGAUAAGGUCUGGAGAGGUAGAUGCCAAUGAGAUACCGGAGGAGACGAGGGCCGCUGUAAAGAUUGAAGAAGAUAACAAAGCAGGUGCAAGCAAUAAACAGCAGCAGCAACAUCAACAACCGAAGCCUGUGUUCCAGGAGGGUAUGGGUCCUGAAAUGAUGGGUGAAGCCUACCAAGCUUACAGUGGCCAGAAUCACGGUUCAAACUUUACGUACAUAGACCGCAUGCAACAACAAAAGAACGUCGAAGAGGCUGAGGAGAUGGACAUUAAUGCAAGCCUCCAUGGAAACUGGACAAUGGAAAACGCUAAGUCCAAACUACAUCAAUUUCUGCAAAUCAAUAAAAUUAAUACGGACUACAUGUAUAAAGCUGUUGGGCCUGAUCAUACCAGGAGUUUUUCAUGUGAGAUGUCUAUAUUCGUCCGCCAACUCGGUCGCAACGUGACCGGCCGUGAGACCGCAUCGAACAAGCAGACCGCUAGCAAAUCCUGCGCGCUGUCCAUAGUCAGGCAGCUGUACCAUCUCGGUGUGAUUGAGGCCUUCAGCGGGACUUUGAAGAAGGACAGGUCAUCGGAAGGUAUUAUGAAACCGUAUCCUGUGGCUCUCAGUCCGGAUUUGGAGAAGCAACUAGAGGAAACAUUAAAAGAUUUAGAGAUCGAGCCAGUAAAGAUAGACCCGAAGCUGACGUACACGAGCGAGGAGGGCGGCGCGGGCGGCCUGACGCUGCUGCAGUUGGACCGCGUGAAGGCCAUGCGGGAGGCGCGCCAGUUCCCAGCAGGGGUGGUCUCCUGGUCCCCGCCACAGGCCAACUGGAACGCCUGGACUGGAUGUAAUAUUGAUGAAGGCCCACUGGCCAGCACCAGCUUGGAGGAGAUCAGUUCUGACCUCGAGAAACAUCACAGGGACAUGUGUCAGAAUAGCACUCUGUACCAGGAGAGCCUCCGCGAAAGGGAACAACUGCCAGUAUACGCGAUGAGGACUCAGAUUAUGGAGGCUAUCAAUGAGAAUCCAGUAAUCAUUAUCAGAGGCAACACUGGAUGCGGUAAAACUACCCAGGUAUGUCAAUUCAUCCUGGACGACUACAUAGCGAGCGGGCAGGGCGCGUGGGCCAACGUAUGCGUGACCCAGCCGCGACGUAUCUCUGCCAUCAGCGUCGCCGAGCGAGUCGCGUCCGAGCGCUGCGAGGAUCUUGCUAAUAGUGUCGGUUACUCAGUGCGUUUCGAGUCGAUGCUGCCCCGUCCGUACGGGUCCAUAAUGUUCUGUACGGUGGGAGUGUUGCUGAGGAAGUUGGAGGGAGGCCUGCGGGGAGUCAGCCAUGUACUUGUGGAUGAGGUACACGAACGCGACGCAGACACGGACUUCGCUCUAAUCUUACUCCGUGACAUGGCGCACACAUACCCAGACCUGCGCAUUAUUCUCAUGUCUGCCACCGUCGAUACUACGCUGUUUACAUCGUACUUCGGAAACUGUCCUGUUAUUGAGGUACCCGGGCGCACGUUCCCAGUGAAGCAAUACUUCCUGGAGGACUGCAUCGAGCUGACCAAGUUCGUGCCGCCGCCCGACAUGCGCAAACGCAAGCACUCGGGCAAGAAGGUCGACGGCCGUGGCGAGGAAGAGGAGGAUGAUGAAGCUAAUGAGGAUCAGGAGGAGGACUUGAACAAGAACUGCCAGCUGGCCUCCACGUACCUGCCCAGCACCAGCCAGACCAUGUCCCGGCUGUCUGAGAAAGAUCUAAGCUUCGAGCUAAUAGAAUGCAUACUACAACACAUUCGCGACCUCAAAGGCGACGGAGCGGUCCUAAUCUUCUUGCCAGGUUGGAACUUGAUCUUCGCGUUGGCCAAACAUUUGUCGCAACACAAGCUGUUUGGCGACACAUCCCAGUACGUGAUACUGCCACUGCACAGUCAGAUACCGAGGGAAGAUCAGAAGAAAGUCUUUGUUACACCUCCACCUGGGUUGACUAAGGUGAUCCUAUCAACGAACAUAGCGGAGACGUCGAUCACGAUCAACGACGUGGUGUACGUGAUCGACUCGUGCAAGGCGAAGGUGAAGCUGUUCACGUCGCACAACAACAUGACGUCCUACGCCACCGUCUGGGCCAGCAAGACUAAUCUCGAACAGCGCAAAGGUCGUGCCGGGCGUGUCCGUCCGGGAGUAUGCUUCACGCUAUGUUCCCGCGCGCGGUUCGAGCGACUCGAGGAACAUCAAACCGCUGAGAUGUUCCGCACGCCACUACAUGAACUCGCACUUAGCAUCAAACUCCUUCGCCUAGGCUCCAUCGGCCACUUCCUGUCGAAGGCCCCAGAACCCCCGCCGCUGGACGCGGUCAUUGAGGCAGAGGCACUGCUUCGUGAGCUCGGCUGUCUCGACGGGGAAGACAACCUCACACCGCUCGGAACUAUACUCGCUAAGCUGCCUAUAGAGCCCCGUCUCGGCAAGAUGAUGGUGCUGGGCUUCGUGCUGGGCGUGGGGGACGCGCUGACCACCAUGGCGGCCAACUCCACCACCUUCCCCGAGAUAUUCGUCGUCGAGGGACGCCGGCGACUCUCCAACCAUCAGCGGGCGUUGGCCGGAGACAGGGCCUCCGAUCAUGUGGCUAUGCUUAAUGCUUUCCAGAUGUGGGAAAGAGAGCACGCUAAAGGCGAGGAGGCCGAGAUAAAAUGGUGCGAGUGGAAAGGACUGCAGCAAACCACCAUGAGGGUCACCUCCGAAGCCAAGUACCAGCUUACUAACAUCCUGACCACCACAGUGGGUUUCCCUGAAGAGUGCUGCAUCCCCCAGCGCUGGGACCCCACGGGGUCGGACCCCACACUGGACCUCGUCAUCGCACUCAUGUGUAUGGGGCUCUAUCCUAACGUCUGUCUGCAUCAAGGGAAGAGAAAGGUACUAACAACAGAAGGCAAGCCAGCCCUGAUCCACAAAACAUCAGUGAACUGCAGCAACCAGGAGCAAAGGUUCCCGUCCCCUCUGUUCGUGUUCGGCGAGAAAGUCAGGACCCGCGCCAUCUCCUGCAAACAGACCACUAUGGUCGCGCCACUACAUCUACUGCUGUUCGCUAGUAGGAAGGUUGAAUGGAUCGACAACGUGGUUCGCCUAGACAACUGGUUGAACUUCGAGAUGAACCCUCGCUCCGCCGCGCUGGUCACGGCUCUGCGCCCCGCUGUAGAGAAACUAGUCGAGAGGGCUGCUUCGGAACCUGACGCGGCUUUGCAGUUCACACCACUUGAGCAAAAGGUCAUCGACUGCAUAAAGUCACUUUGCGUCAUCGAAGCAGGUGACUUCAGGAUCCAACGCGAUAUGGGUGCAAUGGCGUUCAGACCAGACCCCGUCGUCAAGAGAGGAGGCAACAGAGGCUGGGGGACUAACGGACCUCGAGGCGGAGGAGGAUUUGGCGGAGGAUUCGGUGGAAACAGAGGAUUCGGGGGAAAUAGAGGAAACUUUGGUGGGAACAGAGGAUUUGGAGGAAAUCGAGGGUUUUACGGCGGCAACCAAUUCGGAUUCGACGGUAAUCAAGGCGGAUUCGGCGGUGGAAACUUCGGAGGUGGCAACUUUGGGGGCGGUAACUUCGGAGGUUUCCCAGGAAAUCAGGGAGGAUUCGGUGGCAAUGACAAUGGUUUUGGUUACGGCGGCUUCGGCAACCGAGGAGGUUUCAACCGUGGGGGCUUCAGAGGCCGAGGCAGAGGCAACUGGUGAUCAUUCCAUUACUAGAUGUAAUUAGUCAACUUUGUGAUUUAUGAUGAUAAGUAAUAAAGAUGAAAAGUUUAAUUUUA